GGGGUGUUUUGCAGUUGUGCUGGGCACAUCACACAUUAAGGGUCCUUUAAAGACCCGGAUUGAUUGGAAGGACAAAAGUUAAAAGCAAUCUGACCCGGCCUCAUGCCAGAUCCCUGUGGAUUUUCUCCCUAUCCCAUUUCCAUCCGCUGUCACCAUUUGAGAGUCUGCCUGGGUUGAUCAGAUUCACCUCUGGGAGAGGUGUAAUGCCAAGGUUAGGAGGACACAAAGUUAUGGGCAACUUUUUGACCUGCCCAUCUGCAGUCUGAGAAACGCUGGCUCUGAGUGAUUCGUAUCGGCCUUCUGGAAAGAACAAGUUCCUCGCUGUUUGCAGCCUGGCAGUGUUCAAGUCCUGGGAUAUCUGGCCUCCAUCGCCUGUAGAUGUGGCAUUUCCAUGCUGAGGCUGCGAGUCCUGCCUGACCCCGUCGCUGCCUCUCCAGGGCCUCUCCGGGCCGCGCCCUUGCGGACUGUGCAGCCAUGCUGCCCCUGCUGGCCCUCUUCCUGCACUGCCUCCCACUGGCCUCUGGGGACUACGACAUCUGCAAAUCCUGGGUGACCACGGAUGAGGGCCCCACCUGGGAGUUCUACGCCUGCCAGCCCAAGGUGAUGCGCCUGAAGGACUAUGUCAAGGUCAAGGUGGAGCCCUCGGGCAUCACGUGCGGAGACCCCCCUGAGAGAUUCUGCUCCCAUGAGAACCCCUACCUGUGCAGCAACGAGUGUGACGCCUCCAACCCGGACCUGGCCCACCCGCCGCAGCUCAUGUUCGACAAGGAGGCGGAGGGGCUGGCCACGUACUGGCAGAGCGUCACGUGGAGCCGCUACCCGAGCCCGCUGGAGGCCAACAUCACCCUUUCGUGGAACAAGAGCGUGGAGCUGACGGACGACGUGGUGGUGACUUUCGAGUACGGCCGGCCCACCGUCAUGGUCCUCGAGAAGUCCCUGGACAACGGGCGCACGUGGCAGCCCUACCAGUUCUACGCGGAGGACUGCAUGGAGGCCUUCGGCAUGCCUGCGCGCCGGGCCCGCGACCUGGCCGCCUCGGGCGCCCACCGCGUGCUGUGCACCGAGGAGUACUCGCGCUGGGCCGGCUCCAAGAAGGAGAAGCACGUGCGCUUCGAGGUGCGGGACCGCUUCGCCAUCUUCGCCGGCCCCGACCUCCGCAACAUGGACAACCUCUACACGCGGCUGGAGAGCGCCAAGGGCCUCAAGGAGUUCUUCACGCUCACCGACCUGCGCAUGCGGCUGCUGCGCCCGGCGCUCGGGGGCACCUACGUGCAGCGAGAGAACCUCUACAAGUACUUCUAUGCCAUCUCCAACAUCGAGGUCAUCGGCAGGUGCAAGUGCAACCUGCACGCCAACCUGUGCUCCGUACGUGAGGGCAGCCUGCAGUGCGAGUGUGAACACAACACCACGGGCCCCGACUGCGGCAAGUGCAAGAGGAACUUCCGCACCCGGUCCUGGCGCGCCGGCUCCUACCUGCCGCUGCCCCACGGCUCUCCCAACGCGUGUGCCGCUGCGGGCUCCGCCAUCGGCAGCAUCUGCAGGUCCCGGAAAGAUCCCACCCCCAAAGCCCCUGUGGCCAUUGUGGCCAUGGGAGGGACCCCACCCUCUGCCCCCAACAUGCUCACUGCUCAGGCCCCCAGGGCCCCCAGCAUCCUACAGCCCACAGAGUGGAUCAGGCCAUCUACAGCUGCCCCUCUCCGGGAGAGCCCCCCCUGGCCCCAGGUGUCCUCCAGUGCAGAAGCUUUGGGCACCUCUGCCGCUGCCCCUGCCCCUGCCAAGUCCUCCAAACCUUUCCAGCUCAGGCCCAAAUCUCCUCAAGUGAUGCCUAUUGAAGAAUUCCAAGAUUGCGAGUGCUACGGCCACUCCAACCGCUGCAGCUACAUCGACUUCCUCAACGUGGUGACCUGCGUGAGCUGCAAGCACAACACGCGAGGCCAGCACUGCCAGCACUGCCGCCUGGGCUACUACCGCAAUGGCUCCGCCGAGCUGGACGACGAGAACGUGUGCAUCGAGUGUAACUGCAACCAGAUCGGCUCCGUGCACGACCGGUGCAACGAGACCGGCUACUGCGAGUGCCGCGAGGGCUCGGCGGGGCCCAAGUGCGACGACUGCCUCCCCACGCACUACUGGCGCCAGGGCUGCUACCCCAACGUGUGCGACGACGACCAGCUGCUCUGCCAGAACGGCGGCACCUGCGUGCAGAACCAGCGCUGCGCCUGCCCGCGCGGCUACACCGGCGUGCGCUGCGAGCAGCCCCGCUGCGACCCCGCGGACGACGGCGGCGGCCUGGACUGCGACCGCGCGCCCGGGGCCGCCCCGCGCCCCGCCACCCUGCUCGGCUGCCUGCUGCUGCUGGGGCUGGCCGCCCGCCUGGGCUGCUGAGCCGGCCCGGAGGACCCGCGGCCGGGGACGGCCGGUGCGCGCGCCCU